AUGACGCUCCCUCACAACCAGUCUCAGGGGGGCCUGUCCCCCAGCCCCGAGUCUGACGAGUACCGGGUGGCCGCCCUGGUCUUCUACGGCUGCAUCUUCGUCAUCGGGCUGCUGGUCAACUCCACGGCCCUGUGGGUGUUCAGCUGCACCACCAAGAAGAGGACCACGGUGACCGUCUACAUGAUGAACGUGGCACUGCUGGACCUGGUCUUCAUCGGCAGCCUGCCCUUCCGGAUGGCCUCCCACGCCCAGGGCCGGUGGCCGUUCGGGCGGCCACUGUGCCACGCGCUGGGGGCACUCACGGUCCUCUACCCAAGCAUCGCACUCUGGCUGCUGGCUCUCAUCAGCGCCGACCGCUACAUGGCCAUCGUCCAGCCCCGCCACGCCAAGGAGCUGAAGAACACGUGCAAGGCGGCGCUGGCGUGCGCGGGCGUCUGGGCCAUGACCCUGGCCAUCACCGUGCCCCUCCAGCUGCUAGACGGCGGGGAGCCCGGCGGGGAGCCCAGCGCCGCCACGUGCCGGCAGCUGUCCGAGGCCGUCCACUCGCGGGCCAGCAACGCGCUCAACUUCACACGGCUGGUGCUCUUCUUCCUGACGCCCCUGAGCAUCAUGCUGGGCUGCUACCUGGUCAUCGUGCACAGCCUCCUGCACGGGCGCACGUCGCGGCUGAAGCCCAAGGUCAAGGAGAAGUCCAUCCGCAUCAUCGUCACGCUGGUGGCACAGGUGCUGCUGUGUUUCACGCCCUUCCACAUCUGCAUCGCCGUCCAGAUGCUGGCGGGCGAGGAGGGCGACGGCCCGGGGCCCUGGGGCGCCUUCACCACCUUCCUCAUGAACCUCAGCACCUGCCUGGACGUCAUCUUGUACUACAUCGUGUCCAAGCAGUUCCAGGCCCGCGUCAUCAGCGUCAUGCUGUACCGUAACUACCUCCGCAGCGUGCGCAGGAAGAGCGUCCGCUCCGGGAGCCUGAGGUCACUGAGCCACGUCAACAGCGAGAUGCUCUGA